AUGGGGGCUGCGGCCGAGGUUGGGAGCUUCGCCAACGGAUUUCUGGACGGCUUUGGUCCCGCGGGCUCCGCUCCGGUUCCCGUUGGCUCUCAUUUCGUUCUCACCCCAGCCGGGGCGGUGGACUACAACUCGGUAACCGGACUGAUGAUGGGGGGACAGGGGCAGCAGCAGGAGCACCUGGUGUCCGCGGAGAGGCUGUCCCGGAGCCUGGCGGACCUCAGCCAUCUGAAGGGGAUUCUAAGGCGGCGGCAGCUCUACUGCAGGACCGGCUUCCACCUGGAGAUCCGGCCCGACGGCACGGUGCAGGGCACCAGGAAGGACCACAGCAGAUUUGGUAUUCUGGAGUUCAUCAGUCUAGCUGUAGGACUGGUCAGCAUCAGAGGGGUGGACAGUGGCCUCUACCUCGCCAUGAACAGCAAGGGAGAACUGUACGGAUCGGAGAAACUGUCAGCAGAAUGUGUUUUUAGGGAGCAAUUUGAAGAAAAUUGGUACAACACCUACUCCUCCAACAUCUACCGGCACGGAGAAAAAGGUGCAUUUUAUUUUGUUGCUCUGAACAAAGAUGGGACGUCCCGGGAUGGAACAAGGUCGAGGCGGCAUCAGAGGUUCACUCACUUCUUACCGAGGCCUGUAGACCCGGACAGAGUACCGGAGCUGUACAGAGACAUACUGGGCCAGAGCUGAGACUGAUGGGGUGUUACUUUGACCUGGUCGAUCUGAGCUGAACAGCAAACCAAGUGCACCUACUCCUGACCCCUUCUUGAGGAAGAUGGGAGAUCUUGUUAAUCUACACAAAACAAGAUCAUGAAAAGUGCACCAAAUCAACACUCUGCAUUGCUGGAAUGGAGGAAGGAGGCAGACCUUCUUUGAAUGAGACUGAUCGCGGAGUUUGACUGAACAGCACCAAGGAUCUUCUGUGGAAGAUUUGUGAAGGCUCCUUGAAAGACACAGAGGCUACCUUGCCCCUUUAUUGGCCUAUGCAGAGGCCCUGGUGGCCUAACAGAUGUUUUAUGGAUUUCCUUUGAGUUGCCACUAAUUAAAUCCAACUACCUGCUAGUCCAAACUGCAUGUUCAAGAGGACAAAAGUGUGGAACUCAUAGUUGAGAUAACAACUGGCUGCUAAUAGGCUAGCUUUUUACUGCUGUGGCUGGUAAGUCUUGUCAUUUUCACUGUCUUCAGUAGGGCUUUUUAAUAUAUUCUAAACACUACUGUGGCUGCUAUGUAAACAAUUUAUUAAAAUGCAUAAUCCACUACACAGAGUGGCUGGUUUACACUAAGAGGUAGUUUCAUGCACUGGAAAGCAGCCAUGUUUGUUCUGGGAAACCGGUCUGUGCAGAUUUGGUUAAAGUGAUCGGGCUGACUUUUGUGAUGGCGUGGAUGGAUUCUCUUUGAAACUGCUCCAAAUACAGAAGCUGCUCAGAAAAUGAGACUUUUCUACAAAGUGCAUGAGGAGUAAGAGAAGAACAGGUCCAAUUGCAUUUUACAAGGACUUCUUCCGCGGUGUCCUGUGGCAGAAUACUGCGUGUUCUGGUGGAACUCUAGAGACUCGUUCUAGGACCCAGUGAAGGAAUUCUGUUGCUCUCCCACUUACUGCACGGAACCGACAAAGACACCUUUACAAACACGUUGACAGAUUUUAUUCUUAUUUAU